AUGGGAAAUAUAAUUAAAAAAUUACUAAAGAGUUAUAAUAAUGUAGGAAAUAAAAAAAAUGAAUAUAAGUUUGGGAAAAUAUUAGGGUGUGGAUCUUUUGGGGUUGUAAGAGAAUGUAUUAACAAAGAGACAAACGAAAUAUAUGCUGUUAAAAUAAUUAAAAAGAAAAAAAAACAUAAAAAAAAUUCAAAUUUUGAAAAAAUGGUUAAAAAUGAAAUAAAUUAUUUAUCUAUAAUGAGCCACGAAAAUAUUAUAAAACUCAAAGAUUUUUUUGAAGAUAAAAAUAAGUUUUAUAUAGUUUUAGAAAAAUGUGAAGGGGGAGAAUUAUUUUAUAAAAUUGUUAAAAAUAAAUGUUUAUUGGAAAGUGAAUCAAUUCAAAUUGUUCGUCAGGUUUGUUGUACCUUGGAGUAUUUACAUUCAAACAAUAUUAUUCAUAGAGAUAUUAAGGCGGAAAAUUUUUUAUUUAAAAAUAAAAAUGCAGAAAAUAUAAAAUUAAUAGACUUUGGAAUGGCUAAAACGGUUAAUUGUGAAUAUUUAACUGAGUUAUGUGGGUCACCUCAUUAUAUUUCCCCCGAAUUGAUAAGAAAAAAAUAUACAUUGUCAUCAGAUAUUUGGGCCCUUGGUGUAAUGGUUUUUUUUAUGUUAACAGGGAAAUAUCCAUUUGAAGGAAAAGACACACAAAAAGUUGUAGAUGAAAUACUAAACAAGAAUAUCAAUUGGAAAGACAAAGAAUUUUCUUCAUUAUCAGUUGAGGCCAUAGACUUUCUAAAAAAACUUCUUGAACGCAAUGAAAGAAAAAGGCUCACAGCAUUUGAAGCCCUCAAUCAUCCAUGGAUUAAAUUGGAAAUGGAAUAA